GAAUGCAUUAGUCUAAUGAGAUGUUUGCAGCUGGAGAGCUGAGCUGCUGGAGACUUGCACUGUGCUAAGAGACAGGGAGAAGAUGGCUUUUGCGGGGGUCUGUGUCACUGUGCUGAAAGUCCUCUGUCCUCUGGGUCCCAGUGCCCGGGCUCUCUAAAGACACCUCUCAGUGUUUUAACCUAAGCAAUAGGUGUUCUGAAUGUAACUUUACAAGAGGACAGAGCAGGGGGAUGGAAUGUCUGUGCACGCCCUGCUAGCCCUGCCAUCCCUCCCUGACUCCCGGAGCCUCCGCCGCCACCCCAGCCCAUCGCUUGCUGACGGAGAGUGAAGCCCAGCGUGGUUCAGAAGAUGAGCCACCUGCCCCCCAGCCUGGUCCCCGGCGAGAUGCAGUCCCCCAGAAUGGGGGGGAGGAAGAGGGGGCGGCCCCCACUCCAGCCAGCGCCCAUCAAAGUGGCUGUUCACAACCUCUACUCAGCACCAGCUGGUGCUUUGCCGGUUGUCAAGAUCUCAAAGAAGAGAGGGAGAAAACCUGGACACAAGCUGAAGUCUCGUGUCCUGAUGACUCCCUUAGCGGUCUCUCCACCAAGAAGCACACCAGAGCCAGAUAUUAGUUCAAUCCCACAGGAUGCAGCUACGAUACCCAACUCGGCCACCCCACAGGCUCUCACAGUCUGCAUUUAUGUCAACAAACAAGCAAACCUGGGGCCGUACCUUGACAGAAAAAAAGUGCAGCAGCUCCCAGAGCACUUUGGGCCAGAGCGACCAUCAGCGGCCCUGCAGCAGGCUGUGCAGGCUUGCAUCGACUGCGCCCUCCAGCAAAAGGCAGUCUUCUCCCUCAUCAAGCAGGGCUACGGGGGCGAGAUGGUGUCAGUUGCAGCUUUUUUUGAGGGGAAGCAGCAUCUCCUGAGCCUGCUGGUAGUGAACAGCAUUGGGUAUGUCCUGCGCUUCCUGAAGAAGCUCUGUCGCAGCCUCUUGUGUGACAAUCUCUUCAGCAACCAGCCUUUCCAGCAGUACAACACCAUGCCAGAAAGCCCAGAGGUAUAUGAAAACAGACGGAUGGAGGCAGAAACAGCCACACCUGAGGACUACUUGGUUGAUCCUGCAAACAUGAAGAGGUACCCCAUGGAUCCUGCCGAUUCUGCCUUUGGUUGCAUGGGCUCCGCGUACACCAUGCUGCAGAGUCCCAAAGAUGGGCAUCCUGCUGGAGUCUCCUCUUCCUCCUGUAGCCAUCGUCCUGCCCAGGUGUCUUCAGGAGGGUCCUCAUCUACUGGCCUGCGGCAUCAGACCUCCAGCCCAACAAGGAAUGGGACCUAUCUUGAAGGAAACAGAAGUGCCUCAAGUCCCUCACCAGAACGCCAAGACGUGGCUCGGCCGUCAAGCAAGAAUCCCUUGACCUGGACAGUGGAUGAUGUGAUUUGGUUUGUGAAGGAUGCAGACCCUCACGCUUUAGGUCCCCACGUGGAGCUCUUCAGAAAACAUGAGAUUGAUGGCAAUGCUUUGUUGCUGCUGAAAAGUGACAUGAUCAUGAAAUACCUGGGGCUGAAACUGGGACCUGCACUGAAACUGUGUUACCACAUUGAGAAGCUCAAGCAAGCCAAGUUCUAACAAUUUCUUGAACAACAACAGAAUGUGACCUAAAUCUAGACAGAAAACGAAAGGUAACACGUUGCCUUACAGAAAUGCAUUCAUUUGCAGAUUGUUUUUCCCUCUUCUUAAACAAAGACUCUUUCUUUUUUAACAUUUGUGCAUCGUCACCUUUUUUUAAUCCAAUGGGGUCUUUUGGGCUGCUAUGUGUUAAUAAUUUGCCAAAAAGUAUAUAAUUACUAUAAUUAUUUUGUAUCAUUAAUAUUAUUAUGAUUAUAGCAAGUCCUAUUUUUGUAAUCAGAAGUGGGAAAUCAAUAACAAACACAGCUAUGGCAUACUGUGAGGACUGCUGGAAGACUAACAAAGAGUCUCUCACUUGCCACGGGUUCAUUUUGGAGGACACCUGCACUGACUGGGCUCCAGCUCCACCACCAAAUACUCAAGGGCUGGAAAAGCACGGUGUUUGGACACCUGUUGUCUGAUGGGAACUGCCCCAUGUCUUGCACUAUCUGGAAAACUUGAUUCUUCACUUAAAAAAAAAAAAA